AUGCCUCACGGUCAGAAGAACCAGCCCCAGGCAGAGGUUCAGGACCUGCCAGAUGACCAGGUCCCCAUGGAUGAGGAACAGGAGGCGGCCACUCCCUCCUCCAGUAACCUGAUCCAAGUCACCCCAAUGCAGAUGCCUGCGGGUGCCAUACCAUCUUAUCCUCAGAGUUCUCAGAGGGCCUCCUCUCCCCCCAAUGCCAUGGCUGUCAUUCCAAGUAGCUCCUCUGAUGAAGCGUCCCAUGGGAACCCAGAAGGUGACCCGGCAGGAACCGAGGCCUUCCUGCGGUCUGCAAUCAAGGCAAAGGUGCGUGAAUUGGUGACCUUCCUGCUGCACAAGUAUGAAACGAAGGAAGCGGUCACUGAGGGAGAAGUGCUGGGAAGCGUCAUCAGGAAUUACCAGCACUACUCCAAUGAGAUAUGCGUACAGGCAGUUCACACCCUUCGUAUGUUCUUUGGGAUGGACAUAAAGGUAAUGGGUCCUGAGAACCAGUACUAUGUCCUUGUCCCUGCCUUGGGGCUCACAUAUGAUGGGCUGAUGAGUGAUGUCCAGGGCAUGCCCAAGACGGGCCUCCUGAUCCUAGUGCUGGGUCUCGUCUUCAUGGAGAAUGCUAGUGUCAGUGAGGAGGAUAUGUGGGGAAGGCUGGAAGCCAUUAACGUGUAUGCACACAGACAUCAUUACAUAUUUGGGAACCCCUGGAAACUGGUCACUGAAGAUUUUGUGCAGGAAGGGUACCUGGAGUACCGCCAGGUGCCCCACACUGAUCCUGCUCGCUAUGAGUUCCUCUGGGGCCCAAGGGCAUAUGCUGAAACAAGCAAAUUGAAAGUGCUAUUCUAUAUUUGCUACACCUAUGGGUUUGAACCUAUAUCCUGCCCCUUGUGGUGUGCACAGGCUUUGAUAGAUGAGGCAGAGAGGGCCCAGCCCAUAGCUGCCCAUGAAGGUAAAGGUCCUGCCGUGGUCAGUGCAAGUUCUCAUGCACAGGCCGGCUGCAGCAAAGAUGAGGUCAGGGAGUGA